AUGAGGUUUAGAGAGAUGAGGUUUAGAGAGAUGAGGUUUAGAAUUGACACAGUAGAAUGCUACAACCAGUCCACCAACACGUGGAGUAGUAUGGGGAGGAUGAUCUCAGCUAGAAGGGGAGCUGGGGUUACUAAUCUUAACGAUAAGAUAUACGCUGUCGGGGGUUAUGAUGGCACUAAAUUAUUGAGUCAGUGUGAGGUGUACCACGACAAUACCAACAGUUGGGAGCCCAUUGCUACACUCCAAACCUGCAGAUUUGCACUCGGAGCUGCUUCCCUCGAUAAAAAGAUCUACGCUGUUGGCGGGUUUGACGGGCUAUCCCACUUGUCUACAGUUGAGAUGUAUGACCCUUAUUCGAACUCUUGGAAUAACGUCGCUUCUAUGAGCAUGAGCAGGUUAUACCUUACUUCUUUUACCCCUCACGAGCAGAAGAGAGUAGCAGAAGCUGAGCGUAUUCUAGAGGAACAGAAGAGAGUAGCAGAGGUGGAGAGAAUUCUAGAGAAACAGACGAGAGUAGCAGAAGCUGAGAGAGUUCUAGAGGGGCAGAAGCGAGUAGCAGAAGCUGAGCGUAUUCUAGAGGAACAGAAGAGAGUAGCAGAGGUGGAGAGAAUUCUAGAGAAACAGACGAAAGUAGCAGAAGCUGAGAGAGUUCUAGAGGAACAGAAGAGAGUAGCAGAAGCUGAGCGUAUUCUAGAGGAACAGAAGAGAGUAGCAGAGGUGGAGAGAAUUCUAGAGAAACAGACGAGAGUAGCAGAAGCUGAGAGAGUUCUAGAGGAGCAGAAGAGAGUAGCAGAAGCUGAGAGACAGAAGAGAGUAGCAGAAGCUGAGCGUAUUCUAGAGGAACAGGAGAGAGUAGCAGAGGUGGAGAGAAUUCUAGAGAAACAGACGAGAGUAGCAGAAGCUGAGAGAGUUCUAGAGGAGCAGAAGAGAGUAGCAGAAGCUGAGCGUAUUCUAGAGGAACAGAAGAGAGUAGCAGAGGUGGAGAGAAUUCUAGAGAAACAGACGAAAGUAGCAGAAGCUGAGAGAGUUCUAGAGGAACAGAAGAGACAGAAGAGAGUAGCAGAAGCUGAGCGUAUUCUAGAGGAACAGAAGAGAGUAGCAGAGGUGGAGAGAAUUCUAGAGAAACAGACGAGAGUAGCAGAAGCUGAGAGAGUUCUAGAGGGGCAGAAGCGAGUAGCAGAAGCUGAGCGUAUUCUAGAGGAACAGAAGAGAGUAGCAGAGGUGGAGAGAAUUCUAGAGAAACAGACGAAAGUAGCAGAAGCUGAGAGAGUUCUAGAGGAACAGAAGAGAGUAGCAGAAGCUGAGCGUAUUCUAGAGGAACAGAAGAGAGUAGCAGAGGUGGAGAGAAUUCUAGAGAAACAGACGAGAGUAGCAGAAGCUGAGAGAGUUCUAGAGGAGCAGAAGAGACAGAAGAGAGUAGCAGAAGCUGAGCGUAUUCUAGAGGAACAGAAGAGAGUAGCAGAGGUGGAGAGAAUUCUAGAGAAACAGACGAGAGUAGCAGAAGCUGAGAGAGUUCUAGAGGGGCAGAAGCGAGUAGCAGAAGCUGAGCGUAUUCUAGAGGAACAGAAGAGAGUAGCAGAGGUGGAGAGAAUUCUAGAGAAACAGACGAAAGUAGCAGAAGCUGAGAGAGUUCUAGAGGAACAGAAGAGAGUAGCAGAAGCUGAGCGUAUUCUAGAGGAACAGAAGAGAGUAGCAGAGGUGGAGAGAAUUCUAGAGAAACAGACGAGAGUAGCAGAAGCUGAGAGAGUUCUAGAGGAGCAGAAGAGAGUAGCAGAAGCUGAGAGACAGAAGAGAGUAGCAGAAGCUGAGCGUAUUCUAGAGGAACAGGAGAGAGUAGCAGAGGUGGAGAGAAUUCUAGAGAAACAGACGAGAGUAGCAGAAGCUGAGAGAGUUCUAGAGGAGCAGAAGAGAGUAGCAGAAGCUGAGCGUAUUCUAGAGGAACAGAAGAGAGUAGCAGAGGUGGAGAGAAUUCUAGAGAAACAGACGAAAGUAGCAGAAGCUGAGAGAGUUCUAGAGGAACAGAAGAGAGUAGCAGAAGCUGAGCUUCCUAUAAAGGAGGAACAACAACUCAACAAGCGCCCUGUUUAG